AUGCAUGAAGUGUCGAACCUCAUAACGGAUGGAGAUGGCGGCGCGAAGGUGGUGGCCGGAAGGAAGGCGCCGACAGUCAUCGCACAGACGGAGCGGCGCGACAGGAAAGUCGUCGCAGCCGUUAAGGCGCUGGCGUCGCAGCCGUCGCAGAGGGGGUUCGUCGCAGAAGGGAUGUCGGUGACGUGGACACGGCUACAGUACUCCGUGCCGGCAGCCAAUUCCAAGUGGUGCUGCGUGCGCACGGAGAUCGUGAUCCCUUCUCCCGCCCCUCCCCCCUUCGCACCCCCACUUUUCCCCAACUCUCUCCCCCCCCUUCCUUCUUCUCCCCUCGCCUCCGCCCCCGUCGCUCCGGCCAUCCGCCAGUCCAAGUGCGCGUGUGCCACCAUCUACCGCAACAAGGUCAUGAUGAACGCCACGGGGGGGGGUCGCUCCUGGCAACCUGCUGGGCGUCAUGGGGGAUCAGGCAAGUCGCUGCUGCUGCACAUGCUGGCGGGGCGGCUGGAGGGCGACCCACCCCAACUCGCUCUCCACCCCGUCUUCCUCCCCUCCCCACAAUCCAGCCCUGAGGGAUCUGGAAAGUCGUUGCUGCUGCACAUGCUGGCGGGGCGGCUGGAGGGCGACCCACCCCAACUCGCUCUCCACCCCGUCUUCCUCCCCUCCCCACAAUCCAGCCCUGAGGGAUCUGGAAAGUCGUUGCUGCUGCACAUGCUGGCGGGGCGGCUGGAGGGCGACCCACCCCAACUCGCUCUCCACCCCGUCUUCCUCCCCUCCCCACAAUCCAGCCCUGAGGGAUCUGGAAAGUCGUUGCUGCUGCACAUGCUGGCGGGGCGGUUGGAGGGCGACCCACCCCAACUCGCUCUCCACCCCGUCUUCCUCCCCUCCCCACAAUCCAGCCCUGAGGGAUCUGGAAAGUCGUUGCUGCUGCACAUGCUGGCGGGGCGGCUGGAGGGCGACCCACCCCAACUCGCUCUCCACCCCGUCUUCCUCCCCUCCCCACAAUCCAGCCCUGAGGGAUCUGGAAAGUCGUUGCUGCUGCACAUGCUGGCGGGGCGGCUGGAGGGCGACCCACCCCAACUCGCUCUCCACCCCGUCUUCCUCCCCUCCCCACAAUCCAGCCCUGAGGGAUCUGGAAAGUCGUUGCUGCUGCACAUGCUGGCGGGGCGGUUGGAGGGCGACCCACCCCAACUCGCUCUCCACCCCGUCUUCCUCCCCUCCCCACAAUCCAGCCCUGAGGGAUCUGGAAAGUCGUUGCUGCUGCACAUGCUGGCGGGGCGGCUGGAGGGCGACCCACCCCAACUCGCUCUCCACCCCGUCUUCCUCCCCUCCCCACAAUCCAGCCCUGAGGGAUCUGGAAAGUCGUUGCUGCUGCACAUGCUGGCGGGGCAGCUGGAGGGCGACCCACCCCAACUCGCUCUCCACCCCGUCUUCCUCCCCUCCCCACAAUCCAGCCCUGAGGGAUCUGGAAAGUCGUUGCUGCUGCACAUGCUGGCGGGGCGGCUGGAGGGCGACCCACCCCAACUCGCUCUCCACCCCGUCUUCCUCCCCUCCCCACAAUCCAGCCCUGAGGGAUCUGGAAAGUCGUUGCUGCUGCACAUGCUGGCGGGGCGGCUGGAGGGCGACCCACCCCAACUCGCUCUCCACCCCGUCUUCCUCCCCUCCCCACAAUCCAGCCCUGAGGGAUCUGGAAAGUCGUUGCUGCUGCACAUGCUGGCGGGGUGGCUGGAGGGCGACCCACCCCAACUCGCUCUCCACCCCGUCUUCCUCCCCUCCCCACAAUCCAGCCCUGAGGGAUCUGGAAAGUCGUUGCUGCUGCACAUGCUGGCGGGGCGGCUGGAGGGCGGGCGACGCCAACUCCUCCUUCCCCUAUGCCCCCCUCCCCUCCCUCGCUCAACGCAGUCCGGAAGGGUCGGGCAAGUCGCUGCUGCUGCACAUGCUGGCGGGGCGGCUGGAGGGCGACCCCAAUGUCCGUGGCAGCAUAGAUCCCGAGGGAUCUGGAAAAUCUCUGCUGCUGCACAUGCUGGCGGGGCGGCUGGAGGGCGACGCCAACUUCCCUCUCCUGCUGCCCGUCAUACCCCUCAAUCCCUCCUCUCCACCCUCCUUCCCUUGAAAACCAGCCCCGAGGGCUCAGGCAAGUCGCUACUGCUGCACAUGCUGGCGGGGCGUCUGGAGGGCGACGCCAACUUCCGCGGCAGCAUAGAGUACAGCGGCGAGCCGUUUGGGGCGACGCUGAGGCGCGAGAUUGGGUUCGUGGAGAACGACGUCGACCUGCAGGCCAAUCUGACGGUGAGGAUUUGUUUGGAUGGGUGA